AUGCCGAGCCAAUCGCGCGACCGAGAACGUCGCGACAGACGAGAAAGAGAUCGCACACGAGACCAGGAACGCCGACGUCGAGAUCGUGACUACGACCGCGACCGCGAGUAUAUUCGUGGUCGCUACGAACGGGCCGAAGAAGGCACACCCAGUCCCAGCAACGAGCGGAGCGCAAAGUACCGCUUCCGCGGGGAAUCGGGGCACGAAUCUAAUUCACACACGGAUCGUGAUGAAUAUGACGAAGAGCGCGAGCUAGAGCGUGAACGGAGGCGAGAACGCAGACGUCGACGCCGCGAAGAAGAUGCUCUGGCCUAUGGGUCUCCUGUCUCGGAGCGACGGCGGGAACGGGGAAGCUCCAGGCCGAACGACUCUCCUAUUUCGCCGGCUAAAAGAAGGGAGCGACGAGAGGACCGUGAUGGCUACCGACGAGGAGAUGGUGACAGCCCUGUGAGAGAACGUAGGGACCGUCGGAAUCGCGAUGUUGACGUUGAUGCUGAGGCCGAGGCGCGACGACUGAGACGACGCGAGCGGGAACGGGAAAGACAGCGUGAGAGGGAUCUUGAUGCCGCUGCUGCUGUGCCGGCGAAGAAACACCGCAGUAUGGAAUCUACGAGCAGUGCGUCCCAUCUACUGAGCGUUGACGCUAUGGCGCGGCUGGCUGCCCAACAUGAAGACAAUGAUCAGCGAGAGCUGGCACGGAGCGAAGAAGAGGCGCGCAAAGAGCGGCGACGGCAGCGAAAACGGCCGGUCGUGGACGAUGCUGGUAGUGCUGCGCUUAGUGCUGAUGUCGCGGAGGGACGCUCACGUCACAAAGCUGGGGCCCGAGUUGUGUCGGGUGCAUACUUGGAGGAGGGGCAUAGUUCCGAUGCACGGGUUCGCCGUCGGGGUGGCGGUGGUCCAGCCAUGGAAGACCACUGGAAAGAGGAGGAUAGCUGGGAGGGCAGCUAUGAUAGUCGAGGAGGACCGCCAGCAUGGAAGUUCUGGUCCAAUUGGUCUAAGAGAAAACGCAUUCUCCUCGGCUCUCUGUUAUUGUUGGUCCUAGUACUAGCGAUUGUCAUACCAGUUGCUAUUGUCGUUUCCAAGAAGAAUGAUUCCGACACAGGCUCAUCAGGACCGUCCAGCUCAGGCGAUCCCUCAAAUUCGAACCUGGAUAGCAUCAGUCGUGACAGCAUUCCGAGCUAUGCAAAGGGCACUGUAUUGGAUCCAUUUACAUGGUACGAGACCAAUGGAUUCAAUGUCACAUUCACCAAUGCCACUGUGGGGGGUCUUUCCCUCAUGGGCAUCAACUCAUCCUGGGAUGACUCGACACGGGCAAAUGACAAUGUACCUCCCCUCAAUAAGGCGUUCCCAUACGGCACCCAGCCCAUUCGGGGAGUGAAUGUUGGAGGAUGGUUAUCUAUCGAGCCGUUCAUUGCACCAUCAUUAUUCAAGAGAUGGUCAUCAUCUGAUGGAAUCGUUGACGAAUACACCCUGACAAAGAAGCUCGGAAACUCUGCGGCAUCCACCAUUGAAAAGCAUUAUGCCGACUUUAUCUCUGAAUCGGACUUUGAAGAGAUUAAAGAUGCUGGGUUAGACCAUGUUCGGAUCCCUUACUCCUACUGGGCUGUCACUACCUAUGAAGGUGAUCCAUAUGUCCCCAAAAUUGCCUGGCGUUAUCUCCUGCGCGCCAUUGAAUGGGCCCGUAAAAAUGGACUGCGUGUGAAGCUUGACCUCCACGGUCUCCCUGGCAGCCAAAAUGGCUGGAACCACAGUGGCCGCCUGGGCAGCAUCAACUGGUUGGAGGGCUCAGACGGCGAACUUAACCGCAAGCGCUCACUCGAGAUUCACGACCAAAUCUCGAAAUUCUUUGCCCAAGACAGAUAUAAAAACGUGGUUACCAUCUACGGCUUGGUAAACGAGCCUCUCAUGUUGUCACUACCGGCUGAUAAGGUUCUGAACUGGACGCAAGAGGCAGCGGAGCUGGUUCGCAAGAACGGAAUCAAUGCCACUCUGGUCUUGCACGAUGGUUUUUUGAAUCUCAAUAAAUGGGAUAACAUGUACAAGACUCACCCGGACAAUAUGUACCUGGACACCCACCAGUACACCACAUUCAACACGGGCGAGAUUGUCCUCAACCAUACUGCUAAAGUGGAAAUCAUCUGUAACAACUGGUACUCCAUGCUCCAGGAGAUCAACUCGACAUCAUCUGGAUGGGGCCCCACGAUAUGCGGCGAGUGGUCUCAAGCGGAUACAGACUGCGCGCAAUACGUCAACAAUGUCGGUCGUGGCACUCGCUGGGAAGGAACAUACGAUACCAAAGAUUCCACUGCGUAUUGCCCAACAGCAGACGAUGGGACCUGCAGCUGCUCCAAGACAAUGGUCGACCCGGCCAUUUAUUCAGACACAUACAAAAGCUUCCUACAGACCUACGCCGAGGCCCAGAUGUCCGCAUUCGAGACAGCCAUGGGUUGGUUCUACUGGACCUGGCGCACCGAGUCAGCAGCACAAUGGAGCUACCGCACGGCAUGGAAGAACGGAUUCAUGCCCAGCAAGGCGUACUCGCCAUCUUUCAAGUGCGGAGACACGGUCCCUGAUUUCUCAGGCAUGCCGGAAUACUACUGA